AUGGGGGUCACUCCUAUUGGAAUCGUUGGGGGUGAAGGCCACUGGCUUUUGGCCCUCUCCUGGUCGGUAACGGGCGUUGCCGCCGUCUGUUUUCUCCUCCGUCUCUAUACCCGCCUCGUGGUCGUGAAGUCGUACGGCUGGGACGAUACCAUUUACAAUGGCUCUUUUGUCUUGCUCCUCGCCUGCAUGAUAAUGGUGCACAUAUCGACACUCUACGGCCUCGGCCAAGACCAGCAAGCGAUCUGGGACGACAGCCCCGACCGGCUGACCAAGGCGCUCCUGUACCUCAUCAUCGGGCAGAUAUUUGGCGUCUCGACCAUGGGCGUCGCCAAGGUGUCGCUCGGCCUCUUCCUGCUGCGGCUCGUCACGGCGCGGUGGCACCGCGUGGCCAUCUGGACGGCCAUCGGGGUCCUCUUCCUCGUGACGGGCGUCACGUCCUUCGUCUUCGCCUUCCAGUGCGCGCCACCGGCGUUCCUGUGGGACAAGACGAUCGAGGGCGGCCACUGCCCGGUCCCAAUCACGCCCUUCGCGGUGCUGCUGGGCGCGACCUGCGUCGCGGCCGACCUCUUCUUCGCCGUCUUCCCCUGGCUCUUCGUCUGGCGGCUCAACCGGCCGCUGCGCGAGCGCGCCGUCAUCGCGGCCUCGAUGAGCCUCGGCCUCGUGGCCGCGGCCUGCGGCGUCAAGCGCACCAUCGGCCUGGGCGGGCUGGCCAGCGACAACUACACCGUCGACGCCAUCCCGACGUGCGGCUGGUCCAUCGCCGAGCUGGCCAUCACGCUCGUCUGCAUCGCCAUCCCUGUGUGCCUGCCGCUUUGGAAGCACCUGUUCGGCAGCGCCCCGUGGAAGAAGCGGCCCUCGGCCGGCUCCGAGAGGAUCGGCGGUGGCAGCAGCGGGCCCAAGCUGGCGUUGCGCACGUUCGGCGGGAGCCCGAUGGCGGGAUCCAAGCCCUCGAAGGGCUCCAAAGGAUCGGGAGGGAGGUCCCGCGAUAGAAAUGUAGAGUGUGAUGGCGACAGCGAGCGAGGCCUGGGCGAGCCCGAGCCCGAGCCCGGGCCUGGAACAGACGGCCUUGGUGAUUCAUCGUCAGUUUUGGAGAAUCAACCCACGGAUCUAGAAGACGGCAUGCCGCGCAAGAAGUCUUGA